AUGUCUGCAGCCUUGGAUGAAAAGACGCUGGAAGAUGUUGCCCGAAAUGGCGAGAUGGACUAUGACAAAUGGCCCUCCAUGAUCGAGCCUCUCCUCCAGCGUCUCAACCAGAUCGUAUAUACCGCAUUUCCCAUGCCACGCCCAUAUCCCAACAUCAACCGACCUCCACCAUCAUCUUCACCGACUCAACCGCGCGACUCCAACGGUGCGAGGGCACAAACCCCCUCGACACCCGUUCGGAAUUUGCCUCCUGUCCCUCCAUUCCCGGACUCAUCAGCGAGCCGUGUCCCUGACUCUCUGCCACCGUCUCAAGACCCAACAAAUGCGGCGUCUUCUACUUCCUCCGAAGAACUUCCCGCCCUCUUACUCCAACUGUUCAACAGCGUGACUCACACGUUACGAACCUCGUUCUCCGAAAAGCCACCCCAUACCAUCCAGCGACUAGCAGAGCUGGUGCUAUAUCCUACGAAACAUUACAAGACGCUGCCCGCGUGGCUGCGCGCAGUCGACCGGGUAGUCAGCGUCAGUAGUACCGCGGACAUAUUCCCACUCUCCGACACGCCCGCAUUAGUGAACGGCGUGAAUGGCGACGGCGGAGGCGGGAUUCUCUGGAACAACUCGGACGGCCGAAACGGAACGGGCUAUGACAACAACUCGUUGGGCAGCGAUGAAAGUCUCGGCGGCGCCCUUUUGACCCCCAUACCGUGGUUGCGCAAUGGGAUCGUGGGUGCAGACGCAGGCGAGGACUCCUCGAUGCAUUUGGAGGGAGAUAAUGAUGACCCUAGCGAAAUCGACAGCAGCAUGGCAGGCAGUGGCAGCAACAGCAUGUCUUCCUCUGUUGAACAGGAUCCACUUGUCCCCGAACGCGCAGAUGGGGCCGUUACUCAAGGCGAAUUGAUGCGCAUGGAACAAGAGGCCGGAGUGGUUCCUGUGACCGCCCGGAACGCUCAGCAUACCAGCAGGACAAUGGCCGGCGGCACCGAGGAUGGGGUCUACAUGGAUGGUGGCGCCGAGGAGGACGACGUGCCUCAUGCUCGUGGUCCCGAUGUCGUGGGAGCCGUUGACGUGGGCAGAGUCGACGGCCAUGAUGUGCAGAUCCGCAUUGAGCGAGGUGAUGGUGAUGCUGAACGCAGUGAUAGGGGCAAUACUGCUGCUGCUGCUCGCCAUGCAACGGAUCCAAAUGAUGCACAGACAGUGCUCCCUGGUCAGCAGGACACAUUGCCUGGUUCUGGUUCUGGAGAUCGGGACGCAGCAGUGGAUACUGAUGACGAUUUUGAGAUUGUUCUCAAGGACAGGACUGGCAGUGUUGCUGGAGCUGGCGACGAUGAUGCUGAGGCUGAAGUCGAUCAGAUGCAGGUGGAUGAGACAGAACAGUCAGCGUCAGCAACCACAACCAUCACUACCUCAUCUGCGAUAGACAGAACAGAUAAACAACAGGACCAAACGCAAGGGCAAGAGCACGGGGCUGGCUCGUCGGCGGAAGAGCAGGACGGGGAUAUCGUCAUAGUAGACGCAGAUGGGAAGGCCGACGACGAACCUGCCUCCAAGGCCGAUCUUUCGGGCGAGAAUAUUGGUCCAGAUGCUGUUGACGCUUCUACGGUGACUUGA